AUGACGACGGCAACGUUAUUCGAUCCGGCAGCCAUCAAGCAAGAAUGCGAACGUAUGAUGGAGGUGCUACGUCGUGAACGUUCCAGUGAAGAAGAGCUCGCUGAUGCUAGUGAAGUGGAUCGUGAAAUCGAAAGGCUCAAACGCGAGCUAUAUAACCUCCCACGAUUCCGAAAUGCUAGGCGUUUCAAGAACUUUCACCCUCCAGAAUCUUAUCUAGCGCAGUCAUCUGAGUUGGCAUCGAAUUCAUCACUUUAUGAUCCUAAUUCGGAGAUAUUCUGA